AUGUCUAGGACGCCCUACGAUCUUUUCGACACUGAGUUUGACCUUCUGUUUCUUGACCUCGUUCGACCACGAGCAAUGGCCGAACCAUUUAAUAUGGGCUCAACUCAGAGGAUCAUCGAAGAAGCCACACCACAAGACAUAGCCUAUUCCACUGUCCAUGGCCUAAGCAUUUCCUAUCGUCGAAGUGCGACUGAAGAGAAGGAAAAAGCCCUUGUCGACCAAUACUUUGAGCUUUUCGUCUCAGUGGACCCCAUCCAACGAGUCAGGAAGAUGAACAAGAUGUUUCCUUCCAAGCAAGAGAAAGGGAGUACCGAUCUCGACUCGCUCCAUGACUUUCUGAAGGAGGUCGCUGUGAUAAUGGAAUGGGAGGGUGGUAACGAUGUCAGACGUUUGUUAGGUUUACGAGAGAUAAAGCCCCUCAGUCCUCGAGAGCGUCAGAGACGAGAAGAGGCGACUCAAAGAGACAACCAGGGCCUGGACGAUCUCAACGCUAAGUUUGUCGGCACGACUGCCAGGCAGGAAGACAGCAAUGCUGAACCUUUGGAGUGA